AUGGCAAUGGAAAAGAUCAAGGCCAAGAUGCUCGCGUUGCGCGAGGAGGCCGACGCCAACGCCGAAAAGGUCGAGCAACUCGAGGAGAAGCUUCGUGCUGCCAACGAGCGCGCAUCGGCCGCCGAGGCCGAGGCCAACGAUGCCAAGCGCAAGCUGACCCUGACCGAAGAUGAUUUGGACAAGGCUGAGGAGCGCCUGCAGUCGAUGCAAACACGUCUCCGGGAUGCUGAACAAGAGGCAGAGGAUGCCUCGCGCAAGCUUCAGCGCCUUGAAGCUACCCAGGACAAUGACUUUGGCAAGGCCGAAGCUCUCGAGGACAAGUACAAGGACCUCAAGCGCCAGUUUGAUGACGUCGAGCGCUCUCACGCCGAGGCUACCCGCAAGCUGCAGCUCACCGAGGACGACCUGGAAAAGGCCGAGGAGCGUGCUGAGGUUGCAGAGGAGAAGGUUCGCGAGCUGGAACGCGAGCUGGACGCCACUGCCAACGAAUUGCGCAGCCGUGAAAUUAGUGAGGAACAGGCCCAAAUUGCCGAGGAAGGCUCCACUGAGCGCAUGCGUGAGCUCAAGCGCGAUCACGACAACCUCUCCCGUGAACUCGAGGAGGCUCGUCGCCGCGUUAAGGAGCUUGAAAUUGAGAACGACCAGAUGGAAGCUGAUCUCGAAAAGACCACCGAGGCGUACAAAAAGGUCAAGGCCGAGCUCGAGGAGACUCUGUCCGAGCUGAGUGACAUCUAGACAUACUUUUAUGCUUGAACGCUGUGGACCAAGCUUCAUUUUCUUCUUCUUUUCUUUUUGGUCAUAAUCUUACCUGUCAUGUGGCAUAAAUUGAACCUCUUGGUGUG